AUGUCGAUCACGGCGCAAAACCUCUCCUACACCUUCCCCAAUGGGCUUGUGGGCAUCCAUCCCACCUCGUUCGACCUGCCUCCCGGGUCUAGAACGUUGCUGAUCGGAGCCAAUGGAGCUGGAAAGUCGACGUUGCUGCGAAUUCUGGCGGGAAAGACCCUCGCCAAGGCCGACAGUCUCAUUGUCCAGGGCUUUGAUCCCUUCCGAGACUGUUCUCCUCCUGGAAUCCGGUACCUGGGCACCGAAUGGGCCGGCAAUCCAAUCGUGAGACAUGACAUUGAGGUCACCCAGCUGCUAAAGUACGCCGGAGGAGAUGCCUAUCCUGACCGACGAGACCAUCUUGUGCAGCUGCUGGACGUGGAUCCCACCUGGCACAUGCACGAGGUGUCUGACGGAGAGCGUCGGCGAGUGCAGCUAGUCAUGGGACUGCUGGUGCCGUGGGAAACUCUUCUGCUGGACGAGGUGACGGUUGAUCUGGACGUUCUGGCCCGAACUAACCUGCUCAACUUCCUCAAGGAGGAGACCGAGACCCGACAAGCCACCAUUGUUUACGCCACCCAUAUUUUCGACGGCCUCAACCAGUGGCCUACGCACGUUGCCCAUAUGAGCCAGUCCACCAUGUUGAGUUGCGACACCUACGAUGUGGUCCAGCGGGAGUUCCCCGGCAAGAGCAUUCUGGAAAUUGCACUGGGCUGGAUCACCGGGGAUAUGGAACGGCGUGGGCCUCGCCUCCCCAGAGCAAAGAGACAGAGGGUUAACUAG